CGUCAAUCCGCCAUGUUGGCAUCUUUUUUGUUUAUAAAUAAAAACAGUAUAUUUUAUAAAUCUGCUCUUUUUGAAUCUGUCCAUUAACAAUCAGUAUCAUUCUCCAUAUUUCCUGAAUUAAAUAUUUUGUUAGUGGCCAUCCUCAAACUGUGUAUUCAAACAUAUCCUUCCCGUUUAUCUCCAAAGCCCCAAAAUGACUUCAGCCCUUUACUUGGAGCACUAUCUGGACAUUCUAGCUGGUCUUGUCUCCACAGGUUUAGAACAUUUGCCCAAUGAGCUGCAAAGAAACUUUACCCUUAUGAGUGACUUAGAUAAAAGGGCUCAGGGACUUAUGAAAAACAUUGAUGCCCUUGCGGAUGAGUAUUUGCGCAACAUUAAAUCCCUGAGUGGGGACGAACAGAAGGAGCAACUGGAUAAAAUUCAGAACAUGUUUAAUAAAGCGAAGGAACUGGGAGACGAUAAGGUACAGUUAGCAAUACAGACUUAUGAGCUGGUGGAUAAACAUAUAAGAAGGUUGGACAAUGAUUUGGCAAGGUUUGAGUCUGAGAUUCAAGAUAAGGCAUUGAAUUCAAGGAAUAUUGAUGAACCAUCAGUAGGGAAAAAAGGCAGGAAAAAAAUUAAAGAUGGUAAAACGGACAAGAAAAAACGUUCAGGCAAUUCCAGUGAGGAGGAUUCUUCGGGUACAGUAAGGGGCCAGAAGAAGAAGAGGCAGAAGGGAGGAGGAUCUGACAAGGGAACAGGAGCUUCCAGUGGGGCCAAAGUUUCGGCAGGUGAGGUGGCAGAAGCUGUUGCAGCAGUUUUACCGGGAUUGGCAGGCAUAGCGCAUCCUAGUGAUGUCUUGGAUAUGCCAGUGGAUCCAAAUGAGCCCACAUAUUGUUUAUGUCAUCAAGUGUCAUAUGGAGAGAUGAUUGGAUGUGACAAUCCUGAUUGUCCAAUCGAGUGGUUCCACUUUGCUUGUGUCCAGUUGACUACAAAGCCCAAAGGAAAAUGGUACUGUCCGAAGUGUAUACAGGACCGAAAGAAAAAAUAGGAUAUUUUCAAUUUAAUGAAAUGUUGGCUGUUUUUUUUUUGUAAUUGUCAGUAGAGUAAUUGGUUAAUUUUUCUAAGUGUAAAAUAUUGUCCAGGAAUAAAAAGAUUUAUUUAA